UUAAAUCUGCGGUGUUGCUUCAAUUUAAGCCAGCCUUAAUGAGUCACGUUUGAGUCGUUGAAAGUAGUUCGUAAAGCAAGCGGAGGAUCGACCAAACGUGAUUUCUUCUACAAGUAACACACGUAGUGAAAAUGUCGUUCAGUGGUGACAGACGGAAUGAUGAGUACGAGGGAGGCCCAGGGAAGAACGGGCCCGAGGUGUACGACGGCCCGGCCGGCAUGAACCCCGACGGCGUCAUCGAGUCCAACUGGAAUGAGGUGGUCGACAACUUCGACAACAUGAAGUUGAAGGAGGAACUUCUGCGUGGCAUUUAUGCCUACGGUUUCGAGAAGCCGUCUGCUAUCCAGCAGCGCGCCAUCCUGCCCUGCAUCCAGGGCCAUGACGUUAUCGCUCAGGCUCAGUCAGGUACUGGUAAGACUGCUACUUUCUCGAUAUCAAUCCUGCAGCAGAUCGACACCACUCUGAUGGAGUGCCAGGCUCUUAUUCUCGCUCCGACGAGAGAACUUGCCCAGCAGAUCCAGAAGGUGGUGAUCGCUCUGGGCGACUUCAUGAAGGCUAACUGCCAUGCUUGCAUUGGUGGCACCAACGUCCGAGAGGACAUCCGCCGUCUGGAAGCCGGUGCUCAUGUUGUCGUCGGCACUCCCGGCCGAGUCUACGACAUGAUCAGCAGGGGCGCCCUCAGGACGAACUUCAUCAAAAUUUUCGUUCUGGAUGAGGCUGACGAGAUGUUGUCCAGGGGAUUCACCGAGCAGAUUCACGACGUCUUCAAGACUCUCCGUUGCGCCGACGUUCAGGUCAUCCUGCUGUCUGCGACGAUGCCCGAUGAUGUGCUCAACGUGAGCAAGUGCUUCAUGCGCAACCCUGUGCGCAUCUUGGUUAAGAAGGAGGAGUUGACCCUGGAGGGUAUCAAGCAGUUCUUCGUGAACGUCGAACGUGAAGAUUGGAAGCUCGACACUCUUUGCGAUCUGUACGAUACGCUCUCAAUCACGCAAGCGGUUAUUUUCUGCAACACCCGUCGCAAGGUGGACUGGCUGACUGAGAACAUGCACCACCGUGACUUCACGGUGUCCGCCAUGCACGGCGACAUGGACCAGAAGGAACGUGACGUGAUCAUGAGGCAAUUCCGUACCGGAUCCUCGCGCGUCCUCAUCACCACUGAUCUGCUGGCUCGCGGCAUUGACGUUCAGCAGGUGUCUCUCGUCAUUAACUACGACCUUCCUUCAAACCGGGAAAACUAUAUACAUAGGAUCGGUCGAGGUGGACGUUUCGGUCGUAAGGGUGUGGCCAUCAAUUUUGUGACCGCUGAGGACAAGCGUACGCUGAAAGACAUUGAGCAGUUUUACAACACGGUGAUUGAGGAAAUGCCGAAGAACGUGGCAGACCUCAUCUAAGCGGAAUCGAGGGAUGAACAGUCAGAGUGAAUGAUUGAAUGCGGAGAGAGCAUAAUUCCAACAGAAACGCGCAUCUGUGAACCACAUUAAAGGGUCAUACGCGCCUCCAUAAUUGUA